UUUCUACGGCUUAACCACUUACAACAUUUAAGGAAGCAAUUCUCAUUUCCCAAUUUGCAGUCCCUUGGAAAACACAUGUCCACCAUGUCGCCGGAAAAUCUCGUGUGGAUGGAUUUGGAAAUGACCGGCUUGGACAUCACCCGCGACCGAAUCCUGGAAAUAGCGUGCAUCAUCACGGAUAACGAUCUGAAUGUGGUAGCCAAAGGACCCAAUUUCGUUCUACACCAACCAGAAAGCGUACUAGAAAAGAUGAACGAUUGGUGCAAAACAAUGCACAAACAAACUGGUUUGAUUGAUGCAGUAAAGGCGUCGAGUAUUACGUUGGAGUAUGCCGAGGCGGAAACGUUGGAUUUUGUUAAAAAAUACUGCCCAGAAAAAAGGUGCCCCUUGGCUGGCAAUAGUAUUUACAUGGACCGACUGUUUAUCAAUAAAUACAUGCCGCAACUAAAUGAAUAUCUGCAUUACCGUGUAGUGGAUGUGAGCACUAUGAAGGAGCUUUGCAAGCGAUGGAAUGCAGAAAUUUAUUCGAAAGCUCCUCCAAAAAAACUAGUGCAUCGUUCGUUAGAAGAUAUUGAAGAGAGUAUUAAGGAGCUGAGAUACUACAGAGAAAAGUUCUUAAAAUAGUUUUUUUGUUAAAAUAAAGACCAUGUUCAAUUCGAUUGGCUUUC